AUGAAUAAAAUAAAUGUAAGCAAUUCGUGCUACUUUAUUGGAAGUAGAAAUAAUUAUUCUCAAGCGGAGAAUCUGAAUAGGAUUUUUCACUUGUUUUUUCGGACCAAAACAGACAAAACAACUACGCGGGCUUUGCUAGCAAGGUCGGCGAACUGGAACAAUUCUUUCAUGCGUAUGCAAAUAGCAAGCACUAAAAUAAAAACAAAAAAAAUUCCGCGCAUAGGAAUCCGUUCUUGUUCGUACUACCUGCUUGGCAUGGUACCUGUACUAUCGGAGUUCUAUUUUUCCUCACAGACAUCUCAUCAAAGAAGCAGCUAGGGCGUAUACACCUGCCACUGACAGCAGCCGCCAUUUUGAAUUUUACUAGAAUAAUCAUUUUUUCUCAAUUAUAGUUGUGCUACAAGUUCUGGAGCACUUCUAGUAGAGACAAGCGGUCUCUACUGCGGAAAGCUGUCACGGCUUUUUAGUAAAAAAACUGCAGUCUGGCGCGCAGCCGAUAGGGUCUAUUUGACGAUGUUGUUGAACAGAACGGUGCAGUAGACAGCGGGAGCCGGCUCACCUUGAUUUCGGUUGAUGUACGGUUCCUUCCUCUGCAGCGCAGUUUAUGAUUAACCAUCGCUCUGUAUUUCCCCUGACCUUCUCAGGACCUGCUCCGAGCCACAGACAUUACAGGCAUUGAAAACUGUUGCAGCACAGCGCUAUGACUAUGAGCCAGUUUAUUUUACAGUUUAUUGAUGAAAAUCGAAGUAGUUAUUCAAGAUAGUACAACUCACACUCAGUUGCUGGAUGAUAUUAAGUUCUCAGAAAAGUUUUCAUGAUUUUAAGAUGACAAGCGGUCUCUACUCACUGCGAUGUUGAGUCGACAAGCGGUCACUCCGCACGCUCAACGAUGUUGCAAAUAGGACCGCCGCUCGAUAAAAAAAACAUAGUGCCAAAAAUUCUAUUCCAAUUGCGAAUACAGUCAAAUUUAUUCAUCGAGAACUCCUUACAGAGAUUUAUUAUGCUGUAUUUCACAUGACUGACCACCAAGAAUAUACAAGAAACAAGACUCAAAAUAACAAGACACAACAAGAAACCUGGAGACAAAAAUCGACAACAAAACUACGCAACAACAGCACAGGCGACAUGUCAUCGAGGACAUAGCACCACACUAUGCAACGUGACAUUCACAGGCCCAUAAGAUAGGAUAGAAUCAUCAAAAGACUCUGCUCCUAGCAUAGCCAUGCCCUCUCCACAAUUCAGAUAUUACAGAAGAUUUUAUCAUAAAACCACACAGUAGAGCACUUUAUCGAAGACUAGGGACGAUCGAUGAUCACGGAGUUUUAACACACUUACAAAUCACCCACAGCAGCACCUGGUCGUCGUUCCCCCAGUCUUCCGGAACAAAAAAGAGCAAACUGCAUCAAUGGUCGAAAGGAUCUACGUACUUUUUCCUAGGAACGGUCCGACCCUCGAUGAAUUUCUAGACUUCCUCUCUUUGUGUUGACUAUAUUUUUUUUUGAGAUUCCAUAUCCUUUUGACAGCAUGAUACCAGAAGAAGAACUACACCAACCCUGCCACAAUAAAAGCCUGCCUAUUUUUACAAAAGGAAUUUUUGGGUCUCAUGAAGCAAGCGGCUUCGGAUCUGGGUUUGAUGGAUUUGAUGACUGUCGUCCAGAAUGACCUAGAUUCAACAGAAAUAGAGGAGUUUUUUCUACGCUAGCUGCUACACAAAAGUGCAACAUGAUGCAAAUGAAACGAUACUAAGAACAGAACAAUAACGAAUCUGAAGAGAAGAUGUGAUCGCGAGACGAACGGUCGAAGGUUUUAAUUUUUUCUUCUUCGCCCCUCAAACGGGAUAUUUUAUUAUACGAAACGGUACUAGUUGCGGCAUAUUGGGGUUUGUGGUGCAGUAGUACGAGCCCCCCCAGUCGCGCGUUAUUUUUGCAUUAAGUACCAAAUAUACUUUUUCUCGCUGCAAAAAAAAAUAUUUUUUUUGAUGUGGCAAGAUGAGACUAUACAAUUGCUCGACUCAGGCCUUGCUCAUGAUCACAUAAGAAUCUAACUGCGGGAUAGGACCUAUUAGUCUCGUAGGUAGUUGUCCUUCUCGCGAGGACGACCACAAUAUUAAGGAAGGUGGAUAUUCAAUAUGGGCCGCGCGGAGCAGCAUAAUCUUCACCGAUUAUGGCUGACAAAGGAAACUGAUAUUUUUUUUCAAAAAAAAGAAUGCGAUAGUAUUAAGCAAGGAGAACACAAGGUUUUCGAAUAAAUGCAAUAGUACUAUAUCGCUGUUAGAAAUGAAGAGCUGCAGCUUGAUUGUUGAUGUACAAGAAAAAUGCACAAUUGUCAACAAACGCGAAAAUGACGUGAGCACUAAUACAUAUCGAAGAUGAGUUUUAAAUGGGAAGAAAGGGCACCGUGGCUGCAGUUGUUGCCCAGUAGUUGUAGCAACACAGUCACGUUUGCUUUCUACCUGCUUCUCUCUCUACUGCGAUUUCAACAUUACCCGUUGGAAUCCUAUUUAGUUGAUACAUAAUAAAACAAUCUGCAGCAUGUUUUGGAGACCACGAAGAAGAUGACAAUGGGCCGCAAAAAGAAAAACUAUGCCACGACGUACACGUUAUUAGAUUACACUUUGCCAAUUUUGGGAUCAACAACAGUGCUCGUCGUGCUGUUGAUGUGGCCGCCGCUAGCAGAAAAACCUGCAACUACACGAGAGGACUACAACGAUUCACAGUCGGUAUCGACGCUGAAUCGACGUCGUUGGCUUUGUAAUUUUUCAGAUCCACUACCACUACAACCACCGUUACCCUUUGAUGUAAUAAAGACGACCAAAAAACAAGCUAAAGACAAAUAAGGAGCCUCAUGCGCGGAAAAGAAAGUCUCGAAGCGAGCUGGAUGUGGUUCCGGUUCCAGAUAGCAGGCACUUCAUCAGCUUGCGCCUUCGUGACGCGAACGACCCAUGUUGCGAAAAAUACGACCGAAAGAUGAAGAACACGACGAAAAAAUAACUGCAGAUUUUUUUAUGCCGGCAGAGUAGUAGGAGAAUACUUGACCGACUUUCUACUUGAAAGAACGGGCGACAAUAACCAGGGUAGGAGGAGAAUACUUUGUAUUGCCCUUACUUCCAACUAUAUUAGCUAAAUGAGAUGGAGGAUCAGUGUUAGAAAAUGAUGAAAACUACACGAUAAAGUCAAGCCAGCUCUUGUUUUGAUAUCAGAAAGAUAUGUAACUCUCUAGACCAUAUGAUAGCAUGCAGAUUUUUAUGACUCAAAAGAACAGAUACAACUUCUAUAUUUCCACCCACGCUCGCUCCACCUCGACGAAAAUCAAAAUCCACUAUCAGGACAUUAAGACCAACUUCUAGACGGAAAUAUCGACCACGGAAAGAGUUGCUCGACAACGGCCACACAAGAACUUCGACCAACACCAAAGUAAGUUGAAUGUCUAUAAUUGUGUGGAGACUUGGGGCGCAGGUCUAGUACACCUUGUUUCAUCAGAUGGAGGGUAGCUUUAUUUCAUUCUGGUCACAAACACAAUACUUAUACUUCUAGUACCGCGGGACUGCAUAGUAGAUGACCAUGGAGAAAUAAAUUCCCUUCAGGAAGAACAACAGCAACCUUGUUAUGACUCGGAUCUUGGAUCAUUGAUGGUUAGAAGUAAGCAAAGGGAAUAGAGAAUUUUUUAGAGAUUCGCAACCAUAUAAUUUUAUCCAGAAAAAUUAUACCUGUACGAUUUUUCGCACGCCUUCGAAGAAAAGCCAAAACAAAAAGCUAUGCAACCACAACAUUUGAAGUCAUAAUCUGAAAAGUCUGCGCAUGUCAUAUCCAACAUAAUAUGUUUCACUCAAGCGGAGUGCUUGUCUAUAGUAACAGCAUAGAAAAUCUGAUAUCUUUGAUAAGAGCCACUCAAGCGGAGUGUUUAUUGUACAAAAUUUCAAAGCCACCCGAUCAUUCCGGUCGUGUGCAAACAGGACCACAGCAGCCUCUUUUUUGUGGUGAGUAUGGAAGCAGGAAAUUGGGCAAGAGUCCUCGACUGUGUGACUUUCUGCUUCUCUCAAUUGCACAAAAAGGGCGCAGCUGUUGUUCUGGCAUUGAAUAGAGGCUUGUGUGGACAAAAGACAGCACUAUCAGAAGUUCUUUAUUAUUUCAAAAAAGACUACCAUGAUUUCAAGUUCUUGAAGAUUGAGGUUUCUCAAAGACCUCCCUCCCGAGGCUUUUGAUUAGCGCAAUUUCAUUACUUUUGAUUAUUGGAAAAAAAUCAAACAAAACCAGGCGUCUUUCG